GAGAAUUGGCCGAGACUGGGCCUGGGCGGGGCAUGGGUUGAAGAGUUAGAUUGUGCCUUGGCUGUGAUUUCCUUUAGUUAUUUUGUGGGAAAAGCUGGUAGCAAUCCUACCUCGACUUGAAGAGCUGCAGAGGGGGGAAGAUCCUGUAGGAACCUCAGGGACAAAUACGAAGAAAGCACAGGAUAGAGGUUGCGAGGAGAUAGGCACGGGUAUUGUUCUGACUUGAAUGAGAGGAAAUGGGCUAGAGCUACUGCCUAAGGAUGAAGGUUAGACUUAAAAGCAGGAGCUCUUCCAACAGGCCAGUAUAGGAAACAUGCAAUACCGUGUAGUAUAUCGCCAGUGAAGCCUUCAUCGGUAAUGACAAGAGAAAUAGAGAGAGGGAAAGGGAGCUUGGAGAGCAAUAUUAAGGAGGUCAGAAGGGAUUCACAGUUAAAAUUGUAAAAAGCAAUUAGAGCGAAGGGGUUGAAGGAAAGUUACUUCCUCCCCACCCCCCAUCCCAGUCACUCAGUUCCUUUGAUGUCAUAUUUCCUCUUUUUCCUGAAAUGAACCUUGGCAGUGUCUUUUUCUCAGGCUGGGGGGACAGGGCGGGGGUUACACAUUAGAGCGAAAGAAAGAGUAAGAGAGGAGGGUGUUAGACCCUCAUUUGGAUGGGUGGGGAUAGUCCUUAGUGAGGAUGUUGAGGCAAAAGUACCAGGAGGUUGUUCAAGGAGAACCAGGCUUCCUUUCCUUCCUGGAAGUGAUUUAUGUUUUAAUGCAUAUAUAUCCACAUAAGUGUUUUUACAUUUUUCUUUUUUUCAGGAAAUUCUGGAAAGGAGCGGAAGGAAUAGAUUGUAUGGAUUUACAUGGAAAGUCAUCAAGCAAAUCCUGUCCCAAUAAGGCUGAGAGGGAGGGGGCACCCUGGCCAGUGCUCAAAAUUCUAGUGUGUCUUGCAUCUGAGUCUAUCAGGCCAAGUCAGUCAUAGUGCAGCAUCCAGAAUGGAUGUCCUCCUUGUAGCCAUCCUUGCUGUGCCACUCGUCCUGGGACAAAUAUAUGAGGAUGAAGAAGGACUGGAAGAGGAUUAUUAUUAUCAAGUGAUCUAUAAUUACACAGUCACCCCCACUUAUGAUUAUUUUGGUGCAAAUUUCACUGUUGAUUACUCCAUGUUUGAGUUAGAGGACAGACUGAACAGGUUGAAUAAAGAGAACAGGUAAGCAGAAGAGACAACCAUUAUUCAUGAAACAGAACGUGUAGACCAUCAGAGGCCUGUAACAGUGAAACCAGUGACAGUGGAACCAGUGACAAUGGAACCAGCGACAAUGGAACCAGCAACAAUGAAACCAGUGACAAUGGAACCAGUGACAAUGGAACCACAGAGUCCAGAUAUGAACCAUGCUGUAUCCAGUCUGCACAGUCCUGUUUCCCUUCUCCUGUCCUGGACCCUCCUUCAGGAGUGGAUGUAUUUCAUGUAGAAGGAUGAGAAUGCUGUUAUGACUCUUUGGAUGGGGAUUUGGGAAGAAGAAAUUGGAAAAUAAAAUAAGUGAAAUAAUCUGGUUACUCUCUA